AGCAAGUGAGGAGGGAUGACAGGAGAUGAGGCUGUUGCCGCGGCAGCAGAGCAGGACAGAUCUAAGACAAUGAAACACUCUGCACCUCCUUCAAUGCUGUAGCACCUGGAAAAGUCUGCUUUUGCCUUCUUCAUCCUCCACUUCUCUCUCACCUUCAUCACCAUCAUCAUCCUCGACCUGUGUGAUGCAGCCGGAACUGAAACGGCAGACGGAUGGUGAAGCAAACACGGACCAUAGAAGCGUCACAGCCCAGAAUCGCUUGGUUCAUGUGAUCUGAGCAGGACCGGUAACGUGGGUCAGGAUCCGCGACCACGACCCGCGCGGCCUCUUCUUUGUUUCUCUCUCUCUCUUUACUGGUUGUUCUGCUGAAGCAGCGUCUUCAUCUCUUCUUUCCUUUCAUAAUUUCAUUUCCUCCCCCUGGUUUGUGUCUCAUAGUCUCUCCUCUGUGUUUGCGUUCUGGCAGGACGACCGUACAUGGACAUGGAGUGAGGACUGCUGACGCCUCCACCGCUGCUAGAACCACUGCCACAACUCGGAUGAAAAACACAAACAGCAGAAGCAGAAAGAGAACGAGAGGACGAGCGAGGCUGCAGAUCCAUAAUCUCCACAGCAACACUGGCGAUUCUGUCUAUGUGGCAACUUCAGGGGCCGUCAUCGCAAUUUAAUAAGAAUUUGAAAAGCUGCUGUGUUGCAACAAAUCAGUGUUGAGAGGCCGAGGGAGCUGGGAGCGAGGCAGGCGCGAUGCGGCCCGUCCGCGGCCGCUGAGCUGUAGGACCUGACCCCCGCGGCCUCCUUUUCAUGGCUUGACACCUCUCUGCCUCGUCCGCCUCCCCUUCCUCCCCCACCUCCCACUGACCCCGCGGCGCCGACCUCCGACCCCUUUCUUCUGUGUGACUCUGAGCCAACAUGGCGGCUGGCGUGGCGACGUGGCUGCCGUUCGCCCGGGCGGCGGCGGUGGGCUGGCUGCCGCUGGCCAAGAAGACCAUGCCCAAACCUCCGGUGGACAACUCGUCCCGAUCAGACGAGAUCCUGUACGUCAACGUCAGCGGCGUGCGCUUCCAGACGUGGAAGAACACGCUGGACCGGUACCCUGACACGCUGCUGGGCUCUUCAGAGAAGGAGUUCUUCUACAAUGAAGACACACAGGAAUAUUUCUUUGACAGAGACCCUGAAAUGUUCCGGCACAUUCUGAACUUUUACCGCACCGGGAAGCUGCACUACCCCAGACACGAGUGCAUCCAGGCCUUCGACGAGGAGCUGGCCUUCUACGGCAUCGUGCCAGAGAUCAUCGGCGACUGCUGCAUGGAGGAAUACCGCGACCGGAAAAAAGAGAACCAGGAGCGGCUGGCGGAGGACACGGAGGCCAACGAGGCCACGGACGCCCCCCUGCCUCCUCACAGCACCUCCAGGGAGCGCCUGUGGCGGGCCUUCGAGAACCCCCACACCUCCACCAUGGCGCUGGUCUUCUACUACGUCACCGGCUUCUUCAUCGCCGUCUCCGUCAUCGCCAACGUGGUGGAGACGGUGCCGUGCCGCCCGCCCAAAGGCCGGGUCAAAGACCUUCCCUGUGGGGAGAAGUACCAGCUGGCCUUCUUCUGCAUGGACACUGCCUGCGUGCUCAUCUUCACCUUCGAGUACCUGAUGCGUCUGUUCGCGGCGCCCAGUCGCUGCAAGUUCAUGCGCUCAGUGAUGUCCGUGAUCGACGUGGUGGCCAUCAUGCCGUACUACAUCGGCCUGGUGAUGCCCGAGAACGAGGACGUGAGCGGGGCCUUCGUCACCCUGCGGGUGUUCCGCGUCUUCCGGAUCUUCAAGUUUUCACGUCACUCGCAGGGUUUGAGGAUUUUGGGCUACACGCUGAAGAGCUGCGCCUCCGAGCUGGGCUUCCUGCUCUUCUCCCUCACCAUGGCCAUCAUCAUCUUCGCAACGGUCAUGUUCUACGCCGAGAAGGGCACCAAGGGCUCCACCUUCACCUCCAUCCCGGCCUCCUUCUGGUACACCAUCGUCACCAUGACAACGCUGGGAUACGGAGACAUGGUUCCAAACACCAUCGCAGGGAAGAUCUUUGGUUCCAUCUGCUCACUCAGUGGAGUUCUGGUCAUCGCGCUGCCCGUCCCUGUCAUCGUGUCCAACUUCAGCCGGAUCUACCACCAGAACCAGAGAGCAGACAAGAUGAGAGCACAGCAGAAAGUGCGUUUGGCUCGCAUCCGCAUGGCAAAGAAGGGAACAACCAACGCCUUCCUUCAAUACAAAGAAGACCGAGCGCUCGGGGUGAGAGCUACACACAGGGGUCAGGUUCUGACUUCAGAGACCCCCAACAAAACAAAGGACCCAGACAGUGACAACACGGCUCUGUGUGUGAAGAACAGAUCAGCUUUCGAGCACCAGCACCACCACCUGCUGCACUGCCUGGAGAAAACCACAAACCACGAGUUCACAGACGAGAUGACCUACAGCGAGCUGUGUAUGACUGAGUCUGUGGGCUUCCGGACCAGUCGCAGCACCUCGCUGUCCAGCCAGCAGGGGGUGCAGAACAACUCCACGGGCUGCUGCCCCCGCCGGGCCAGGAGGAGGGCCGCCAUGCGACUGGCCAAUUCCACUGUGUCUGUGAGCCGGGGCAGCGUCCAGGAGCUGGACACCCUGCACAUCAAGACCACGUCCAUAGCAUCACAAAAUCGCUCCAGUCUCAACGCUCAGGCCUCAGACCUGAAGCUCAACUGUGGGGAACCAGACUUCACUGCUGCCAUCAUCAGCAUCCCCACUCCGCCCGCAAACUCGCCUGAUGAAAGCCUUCCCUCCUCGCCUGCCCCCAUUCCUGGCAUCCUGCGCAACACCCGGGCCAGGGCCUUCACCCACGAAACCGUCAAAAUAUCCUCUUUAUAACCUCUGAGCACGCGGCCCCUCCCUGUCACCCACCAGUCUCCCUCCCUACAAGUCCUGAACUUCCCUUGAACCCGGCGCUGCAGGCUGAGCGCUGGGACCGACUGCUGAGGUGGAAGAAACAAAUGCAAAAACGUUUCCGGGGACGAUGAUGACUCUAAGACCUAUCACUGCACAAGCGUUCAUCCUUCAGAACCUUCAGAACCUCAGACAGACCGGGUCGGUUUUCAUCAACAUGGCAUCUGAAGGUCGUAGCUGUAUGUUGCUUUGUGUUGAAUCUCUGUACCAGGCGGCUGUGGCUGGAGUCGAUACCUACUUCCUUAUCGCUAUAAAUCACACUGGACGACUCUCUGAAGGCUGAUGAAAACGUGUUCAGCCUGAGUAAAGGGAGGAACCGUACGUCUUCAGUCAGAUGUGAACGAAGGAACAGACAACUUUUAUUCUAUUUAUUCUAACAGUUGCUGAAAUUAAACAACAAAGCUGCUGAAAAUCUUAAAAAGUGAACUGAUCUAUGCUAAACCUUAAAACUGCUCCCAAACUUGCAACGAGCUGAAUGCAACCUAUGGAGCUGGACCUAGUUUCUGGACUGGUCUGACUGUCACAGCUGUCCUGAAAUGAAAGCCUUCCAAAAUAUGCAACAUUACAACAAGCAGGAAAACUAGCAUCAACAGAAUAAUAACUUCAAUGGUCAUGUACGUGUUUAGAUCUUUGGUCUUUAUUGCAGGAAACAAACUAAAGUAUCUAAGAUGCUCAUUAGUUCUGGGAUCACAAAGUGUAUUUAACACAUUCAAAUGGACAUGGAAAAGCAAAGCCAACAGCUGCUCGGCAUCAGGGUGUGUUUGUCCUGAUGAAGUGCACUCUGGGAAGAAGACCUUUUCAAACAAUCUAAACUGGGCAGUGAAAUCUGAGCUCAGUUCCUUUCAUUCGGCAUCAGAGUGAAACCCACCAGAACCAGGCUUUCCUUAGAGUGCACCGCAUCAGAGGCCCACCUUCCCUCACUGUAACAUAUCUGCCACCUGCAUCCUUCAAACAGCUCCUCAAACCAAAAACAAGGAGAGCGGAGGUGGUUGGCUUCCUCUGUGCAUGAAGUAGCUGAUCCCAGCAGCAUCCACCACCAAACACACCAAGAGGAGAAAGCUCCUCUGUUCGUUUGCAUGAAGACUUUAGUUUGUUCUCUUCUGUUUGUCCUUUGAGGCCAGUCUGCACCACCACACAUGAACUGAUGAGGCCAGUUCCUCGGCAGGAAGCGGUGAAGAUUGUGAAUGUGUGUGUUUGUACGACGAGCUGUCACAUAUGCAUGAAUACCGUUAUAGGUAUUGUCUCCGUUUUCUCGGAGGUGACGAGGCGCCGCCUGUCCACUGGAUGCAGCCAAUAAGUGUUGGUUUGUCUGAAGUGGAGCAAACACAGGCCUGGUGCUCAUUUAGUGAACCGGCGACGCCUGACUAGGAGAAAACAGCAUUAAAGCACAGGUGUAUAUUCCAUCCCACUAAUAAAGAGACAGAACCGGAACCUGGAGCCGGGUUUUUCUUGCGGUUCCACACUCGCUAUGACGACGCUCACACUGCUUCACAUUGCUGCUGUAAUGAACCUCUGAGUGGCCUUGUUCUACACGUUGAUGGAACCGUCAUGAAUGAGGCCAAGGAGCAGUUGCUUCAUCAUCCUCAUCAUCACUAGCAGCAGUAGCUGUCAUUGGACUGUGUCCAGUAAUGAACCCGAAGACUCCAGUAGAACAGAAACACGUCAGUGAAGUUCAGUCUGAGACUCUUCUCUCAGUUGUUGUAGCAGGUUUAGAUUGAAUUAACCACAUCCAGCAUUGGUGGAUGCUUACUAGAACAAUGUACUUCAAUAAACAAUGGGUAUAGAUGAUUAUAAA